UGUACUGUAAAGUGACAACUCUUAGAGUUUGAAUUGAAUUCAAUAUUUUAAAAAUAAAGAUUUAAGUAGCACAUUUUAAUAAAAAGUUAUAAAUGUUGUUAAUGAAAUGUUGUUAUUUUGUCCAUCCUGUUCAAAUGCAUUAAUCGUAGAAUUAGGAUCAUCGAAUGUGUUACGAUUUUCUUGUGUGGUUUGUCCUUAUAUUUAUAAUAUUACUGAAACUUUAACAUCAAGAACGUAUCCUGCAUUAAAGGAAGUGGAUCAUAUAUUAGGCGGUGCCGAAGCUUGGAAAAACGCGGAUUCAAUUGAUGAACAGUGUCCUAAAUGUCAACAUCCUCGUGCAUAUUUUAUGCAAAUACAAAUUCGUUCUGCGGAUGAACCAAUGACGACAUUUUAUCGUUGUUGUAAUUUUGAUUGCUCACAUCAGUGGCGUGAUUAAAACAAAGUGAUCAGUAGCGGUUUACUUUAAAAAAAAAAAAAACAU